AAAGGGGAGGCGGCGGGGCUGAGGCGGUCCCGUCCGCGGCGAGGGGCGGCGGCGGCGCCUGCGCCUUUAAGCCUGCCGCCGAGGAGGAAGGAAGGACGGAGAGCGAGCCCAGGAGAGAGAGAGGCCGAGGCGGGCGGGCAGGAGAAGGGCCCCCCGCGGACCCCUCCUGGGCGCCAUGGACUCCUCCGCCGCAGCCUCCUCCUCCUCCUCCUCGGCGGGGCCCCUGUCCGUGGUGCACGUGGCCUUCCCUGAGGUGACGGGGGCCCUCCUGGAGAGCCUGAACCAGCAGCGCCUCGAGGGAAAGCUCUGCGACAUCGCCAUCCAGGUGCAGGGGAGGGUCUUCCGGGCGCACCGGGCCGUGCUGGCGGCCUCCUCGCCCUACUUCCACGACCAGGUGCUGCUCAAGAACAUGACCUCGGUGGUGCUGCCCAGCGUCAUGGACCCCGUGGCCUUCGAGGCCGUCCUGGGCUCGGCCUACACGGGACACCUCAGCAUGGCCGCCGACGAGAUCGUCAACUUCCUGACGGUGGGCAGCGUCCUGCAGAUGUGGCACAUUGUGGACAAGUGCACCGAGCUGCUGAAGGAGCGGAGGGGGGCCCUGCUGCUGGGGUCGGCCGCGGCCCCCUCCUCCUCGCUGGCCCCCUCCUCCUCCUCCUCCUCCCUGGCCCCCUCCUCGUCCUCCUUCCGGGCCCACUCCAGCCGCACCAGCGAGAACCAGUCCCCCAGCAGCAGCAACUACUUCAGCCCCCGCGACUCCUCGGGCGAGGGGGGCCCCUCCGAGGUGGGGAAGUACCACCCCCGUGGGGGGCCGCUCCUGGGGGGUGAGCGUGAGGCCUCGGAGGACCACGAGGAGGAGAUCACGGCCACGGUGGUCUUCCCGGGGGGGCAGAAGGACCCCUUUGGCGGCGGGGGCAGCAGCAAGUUCAUCCUGGAGAUGGAGGACGACGAGGGCAGCGACGGCGGGGAGCCCGGCUGCAGCGUCCCCCCCGGGGGCUCCCGCCGCCCGCCCCUCCACCGCCCGGCCUACCUGCGCCCCAGCAUCGUGCCCCAGCGGCAGUGGGUCUUCGUCAAGAAGGAGCGCCCGCAGGAGGACCUGGUGCUGACCUGCGAGGAGGAGGACGAGGACCCCGUGGAGGAGGUGGAGGUGGGUCCCGGGGCCCCCGAGUCCGCCGGCCUCAGCAUCACCGACGUCCGAACACUCACCGGCCCCGGGGGCAAGCUGGAGGAGCAGGUCAACUUCUGCGAGUCCUCGGAGGACUUCCCCUCGCCCUACGAGGCGGCACUGCAGGAGGAGGCGGGGGCGCUGGGGCUGGGGGCGCUGGGCCUGGGGGGCUCCUCCUCGGGCGCCGCCGCCUCCUCCUCCUCCUCCUUCCCGGGGCGCGGGGCCUCCCUCCUGCCCAUGGACAUGCAGGGCAACCACGUGGUGCUCUUCCCAGCGGGGUCCGGCCCCGCCGCAGGGGCCUCCUUGGCCGCGUCGACGGUGGAACACGGGGCGGUGCAGCUGGCGUCCGGCUCGGGCGGGGACGGCAACAAGAUCUUCAUGUGCCACUGCGGCAAGGCCUUCUCGCACAAGAGCAUGCGCGACCGGCACGUCAACAUGCACCUGAACCUGCGCCCCUUCGACUGCCCCGUCUGCAACAAGAAGUUCAAGAUGAAGCACCACCUGACGGAGCACAUGAAGACCCACACGGGCCUCAAGCCCUACGAGUGCGACGUCUGCGCCAAGAAGUUCAUGUGGAGGGACAGCUUCAUGCGCCACAAGGGCCACUGCGAGCGCCGGCACCGCCUGGGCCCCCCGGGGAGCGCCGGGCCUCCUGGAGGGGGAGGGGGCGCCAAGAAGGAGGGGUCUCCCUCCCCCAUGUCAGCGGCAGCCGAGGCCGAGUGGGGCGGCAGCGGAAGCGGACCCCCCGGGAAGUCCCCCCGGAGUGAACUCGGCUUUGCCCCCGGGAGCAGCAAGAUGUGAACCCCGGUCCUCCUUCGUUGGGGGGCUCUCUUGCUGGGCCCCUUCCUCUGGCAGCCCCCUCCCCAUCAUGGCGGGUGGGUGGGUGGGCAGCAUGGACUGCGUUUGGGGGGGGCAACCUGUGAGCCCCUCCCUCCCUCCAGCCUCCUCCCAUCAUGCACUGGGCUUGAAUUUGGACAUGGAGGGUGGGCACACGUGGACCCCUAUCUCUCUCCUAGACUUAAGGGACACCCCUCUUUGGGCUCCUCCCAUCAUGCACUGGGUUCAAUGGAGGAGACUUCAGAGCCAGACGGUGGCCAGACGUGGACGUUCAUCAUGCGGGACAACCGGUUCUUCGUCUGGGCCCCCUUUUCUCUGUCCUGAGUUGGGGGUCACUUGUAACGACCCCCUACUUCCACUUGUUGAUGUCUGUGUUCAGGGGGGAGGAGUGAACUGAAUGCUGAAAUGGGUGCUUCGUGUGGGGCGGGGGACACACGUGUGUCUUCUCUCCCCAUAUUAAUGUCAUGGGAAGGAGGGGUCUGUAUGUAGCUCCAUGCGUUGCCUGCAGGAGGCCCUGGGUUCAAGUUUUGCUGCAAAAGAAGGCCCUGGGAGAUGAGUCAGAGGGCAAAGAGGCCGUGGUCUGACCCCUUGAUAGAAAAGGGCGGGAGAUGACCCUCUACCCCCUCACGUCAUACGAGGGAUAUCCGAAAAGUAAGAUUACGAGAUUUUAAAAAUGCAAAGAAUGAAUAUAUUGUGUUGUCAAAGGCUUUCAUGGCC